UGUAAACAUUGCAAAGGGGCACUCGCGGGAAAAUAUGAAUAUUGACUGCCGUCUGUUGCGUUGACAAAUAGUCGAAACAUUGUCAGGUGGUUGCUGCUAAGUAUGAAAAUGAUAUAAAAGUUUCUGCGAACCCGGGUAUUUAUUGAUAUUUGAGGACAUGCUGAGCUUUUAGUAUGGAAACAAGAAUCACGGCAGAAGAUGUUGUAUUGAAACUCACAGAUCGUGUUCUAACAUGUAGUUUGUUGAUCUAUCUCAUUUGAUUUCGGAGAGCUUUGUAAGAACAUGGUAGCAGCAAGUCACAAUGGAGAAAACAGAUGAGCAAAUUUGUCUUGGUGGCAAAGAAGUGUUCAGCAAUGCAGAGUUCUAUCACUUAAGAAACUGCUUGGUGGAAAUCCUUGAGGAGGUCAAACUGAGAAGGGGCAAUGAUACAGAGAGUGAGGAGAGGAUCAAGCUGCUGGUCAAUGAGAAGUAUCAGCUGGAGAGGAGAUGUGAUGCGGAGGUUGGGCAGCUCGCUGCUGUCAGAGAACAGCACCAGCGGCACGUGACUGACUUAGAGCGAAGCUUACAGGAGAAGAUGAGGCUCUUGGAGGAAGAGAAUAAACAACUAAAAAUCUACAGAAAGUGUGGUGAGAAAGAAACAGAGACCUUGAAAGACAGUGUCCGGUCACUACAGCUGUCCAAGUAUUCUCUGGAGAAAAACCUGCGAGAACAAGAGCACAAGCUGCAGUCUCAUCUCAGCUCAUCGGAUCAGCAGCUGGGAGAGUUAUCUGCCCUUGAACAAAAGCUACGAUCUAUGACAGUACACUUCCAGCACUUGAGUAACAGCCAGGAGAGACUGGAGAAAAAUGUGACAGAAGCUGUUAAACUGAACCGGAGCCUGAUGUAUGUGAAUGAACACCAGAAGUGUGUCAUGGAGCAGCAGAAGGCAGACCUCCACAGAUGUCAGCAACAACUGGUCACUCUCAGGACACAGUUGGAAAGUCAGCCAAUCAUCACUGCUGACACAGAGGAGCUGAAUCAAAGACUUGCAUCACUGCAGUAUCACAUGAACCUGAUUGUGGAGCAGAGGUGUGCCCUGGAAAAGGAACUAGAUGACUACAAGGCCAGACAUAAGGUUUCUCUAGAUGAUCUUCAUGAAAUGAAUAGUCUGGUAGAGCGACAUCUUGACAAUGCUGACCAGCACAGGUUGAGAAAUGCAGAACUGGAUGAAAUGAACCAGACCUUGAAAUCCAUGGUGAAGUUGGGUGAGGAGGAGGUGGUCAAGCUGCAGCAGGAGUUGGAUGUGGAGAGGGUUGUCAAGGCAGAGGCACUCACUCAGUGGAAAACACAGGAGGAGGUCUUGAAGACUAACCUUCUGGUUCUACAGAGUGAUCUUGCAGCCUCAGAUGAAGCCAGAACAGGCCUAGAAACACUGAACCUUCAGCUUGAGGAGACUAACACCAAGCUGAAACAGCAGUAUCUGGAGGUCAAGGCUGUUGUGGACAGGGAUAAGACAGAUGCAACACAACAGACAUCAUUGAGCUACUUCAACACUCAAAUCAUUGAAACACAGACAGAGAAUGAAACAUCAAUUGUUUCCACUCAGACAAUAAUCAACACAGCUGACGGCUCUGUUCAGACUCAAUGUGAAACAAACUCUGCCUCCUCCCAAACACACAAUCAGUGUGUCAGUUCAACAUCUCAGACCAUUGUUCCUCCUCUUGCUAACAGCUCUUCCCAAACUGAUGGACAAGACCUAUCUGAACAUGUGGCACCAUGUUUGGUGGGUGAAAUGUGCCUGUUGCCUCAGAAAGGGGAGAUUUUCCAUGCAGAAAGCAAUGGAUUGGAAACCGUGGAAACACAGGAGAAGAGCGUGUCAACAGUUCAUGAAGUAUCUGAACCAGAACUAGAAACUGGAAGUUCUGGAGAGAUUGACAUGAAUGAUGAUGCAGGCAGAAGUGCAAGAGAUUCAGAUUCUUGUAUCAUUCUGGAAAUACCAGACAUACCCAAGAAUUGUGAUAGCAAUAGUUUGAAAAGUGAUGGCAUAUGUGGGGAAGAUGCUCUUAUUUCAGCAGAUAGUCCAGCUAAUAACUCUACAAUGACAUUGUCAGAACCCUAUCAUGAUAUUUCCUCUAGACCCGGAAGAAAUCUGUCCACUGUUGUAUCAGGGACUGCCAGUUCCAGUUCAGACACACUACAGUUCUUACCCUUACAUCGUUAUAAAGCAGAAGAGCAAUCUGGAGGUCGUAGAAUGUCUCUUCCUGUUGCACAGCACAGGAGGCAAAUGAUGUGCAAAGAUUCACCACUUGCAAAGUCACAAAACUAUUCUGAGUCAGACUUAUACUUAAAUAAAGAUAAACACACAAAGGUUAGUCCAGGUAGGUCACAAGGUGUGAAGAUCAGAUGUCUGUAUUCAGAAAGUCCUGUGUUAUGGGGGGCACCUUGUCCUGGGGAAGAGCCUAAGGACGUAUCUAGGUUGAGUUCUACCUCUCAGCCUAAUGCCUCUUUCUUUGCUUCUGUGUCAGAAAAGUGGUCAGUCUUGGUGGAAGCAGAAGAGCAAGCGAAGAAGCAUGCACCAUCACCAGGCAGAAGCCCUCGAUCUACACCAAAAAUGGGACUGCGUAUUUUGAGUGAAACAUCACCUUCUCGGAGAAGAAGUACAGGGUUUGAAGGAAUUCCACCUACAGCUCAAUUCUUGAUUGAUGGGUUUGAAUCUAGUUCUUCAGUAUCCCCAGGAAAGAAACUACGAGAAUGGAAGCAUCAUGAUGAUGGUCAAGGUCCUUCUGCAGCUGAUGAGGGCAGAAAUGCCACAGAAUAUCGAGGAAGAACUCCACAACAGAUGUCCCCAAAAGCUCACAGAGAUGCACAGCAUUUGAUUAAAAGCCAAAAAGCCAAGGUCAGCCCUAGAACACAGAGGUAUUUAAGUGCACAGAGAUGCCUUCAACUUCAAGCUUCAACGAUAGGACCAUUUGAAAUGAGCGAAGGAACCAGUUUAUAUGUUGGCAAAAAAGCAGAUGCUAACAAACAGCAAGACAAGUCGCCAAGGAGUAACAGCAAGGGAAUACUGAAAGCUACAUGGUCAGCCAACAAGCCAGCCAAGACUGUAAGGUUUGGGAGCAUUAUGGUGUCACAGGCACAGUCUGUUAAAACAAGUUUGCCCACUGCUGCCUCCCAGCCACCUUCCCAGAAGUCAGCACACAAUUCAGUGUCUGAGCUGUCCCUCGAAAAACCUGCAGGGGAACAGUUGCUCUUCUCUGAUGAUGAUGACUUGAUUGACCCAGAGUAUGGCAACAACAAGCCCCAGGCAGCUCCUGUAGUCCAGCCGAGGAAGAGGAAACGAGAAGAUGUGGAGGACAAGACAUGAUAUUCACUCUCCAGCAGACAUGAGCAUUUGCAUGAUGGCAGCAUACAGUGUGGGUUUGAGCUUGAAAUAUUUUUGACAGUUCCGAGUAUUAUUGUUAAUGUGUAUUUGACAAUUUUCUCAGGUUAAAUCUGAAUAAAUAAUAUCAUCCAAAUCUGGCUUUCACAGGAGAUAUCGCUUGGGUGAGAUCCUAUAAGAUGAAAGCUAAAAUGAAAUUGCAGCACAAUGCUUUGCAGACGUCCGAAUCAAUGACAUCUCUCUGCCACUGAAGCUAGUUAGCUGGGCAUUUUACACUGGUUUUUCCUCUUUACAAACUUAAAAAGUUGGAAGAAUAUUUUUGGAUGAUAACAAGAAUCUCACCCUAAGUUUAAAAGUCCAAGGCUCGGGAUUUUAGAUUUUAUCGACUUAUGUUGAUAUAUUUGAUAUAAAAAAUUCUGCUUAUCAUCCAAAAUCAUGCAAGCCGCAGAGUUUUAAACUUUUUGCCACACAUGUUGAUAUGUAUUUUAUAUCAAAAGACACAAGGGUGAGAUUCUGUGUUUAUUAUGACUGUUAUAUCUCCUGGCAGAGUUUUAACCAUCUUGGUUAGUCAGGUAUAUUUUGAUUUUACAGCUGCUUCAAGCAAUUAUUUUGUGAAUCAAAAUGAAUUUAAAAAAUGAUUAACAUAAAACUUAUGUAUAGGUUAAGUGAUCUAUGAUAAUUAUUGUUCUUCAGGGAUGUUUGUCAACUAUAGUUGAGGCAUGUAGUCAUUUGCUCAAAUGUCUUGCCAAAACAACAGAUUCCAUCAUACUCAAUAUCUAUACAUUUGUUGAUCUAGUCAUUAAUCUUGUUAUUUUGUUAACAUAUUGUUUACUCUUUGCCAAGUUGAAGUUGGAAAUAAUAAAUUAUAUUAAGUACCUUC